AUGCAGUCCACUCUCGUGUCCAUGCUCGCCAUUGCUGGCGCUGUCUCCGCCGCUCCUCUCCAGAGCCGCGAUGUCCAAUGGGUCGACGCUUCCGAAGUCUCUUCCUGGAACAACAGCCUGGUGGACGGGUGGGCUGGUCAGGUCAUCACCGACUACCAGCCUUACCUCAAGGUCGUCACCGGCUGUGUGCCUUUCCCCGUCGUGACCGAGGAUGGCAAGGUCGGCUCCGGCCUCAAGCCCACUGGAGCCAUGUCUGGCGAUUGCGACUCCAGCACCGGACAGGUCUACGCUCGCAGUGGCUGGUUGAACAACGGCCACUGGAGCAUCAUGUACAGCUGGUACUUCCCCAAGAACCAGAACAAGGACCUCCUGCCCUCGGAAGGUCACCGCCACGACUUCCAGAACGUCAUCAUCUACUUCAACAACGACGAUGACGACUUCGCUCACAACCCCCCUGUUGGUGUUGCAUACAGCAGCGGCUCCGACAGCGCCUACACCAAGCUCAAGCCCGGCAGCGACGCCGCCCCGGUCUUCCAGGACAACACCCACCUCUACGUCCAGUACGACCGCGCCAGCGAGGACCCCAAGCUUCACAUCCUCGCCUCCACCGAGGAGGCCGGUGGCCAGCAGCCCGUCGUCCAGUGGGGCGCCUUCACUGACGCUGCCCAGCGGGCUAUUGCCACCGCUGACUUCGGCGAGGGCGUCACGGUACCUUUCAUCGAUGCCAACUUCCAGAACAACGUGGAGGCUGGAUUUGACGCCGGCUUCUUUGCUUAA